AUGGCGUCGUCUCCAACCAUCCCCGGCCUCAAGUAUGCCAGUCACCAAUACGGCCAGCACCAGCUCCAGCAGGUCGGUGUCUGGCAGUUUGAAGAGCCAGAAGCGGCAGUGUCAACGCCAGCCUAUUGGAUAAUCUUUAUCCAUGGAGGUGGGUGGCGAGACCCCAGAAACACCAUCAAUGACUUUGUGCCGUCCAUCAAGCACAUGUUGGCGCUGGCCGAUCUGCCGAAAUCUGCGGUUCGCGGCUUUGCCAGCCUCGACUACCGUCUGUCUCCGCACCCGCAAUUUCCCCAGGAUCCAGCCUCGACGCCGGCAAAUGAGUUUCGCCAGGCCCAGCAUCCGGAGCAUGCCCAAGACGUCUUGUCUGCGUUGAGGUUCCUUGAUGCCGAAUAUGCCAUUGGAAGCAACUACGUUCUCAUCGGCCACUCAGCCGGCGGCACGCUUGUUCACCAGGUCAUUAUGAACAACGACGCAUCCUGUGCCUGGGGUCCGGCCGCGCCUUUGCCAGCAGCCCUCAUCAGCAUAUCUGGCAUACACGACUUGAGAGGCCUUGCAGACAGGCACGGCGGUGUUUACGACUCAUUCAUCUCCGAUGCCUUUGGUUCAGACAGGCUGGCCUGGGACGCGGCGUCUCCGGCAAAGCUUCCUGGAAGCUACAAGAGCCUGUGCCCCAGUGAACCUCGGCUGUUCAUCUUAGCGACAUCUGCAGAGGACACUCUCAUCGAUGUGGACGAGCUUGACAACAUGGAGGCCAAGCUCAUUAAGGAUGGCAUCACGCCAAUUGCCAUCAGGAACCUCCGCCUUGAGCAUGACAACAUCUGGGAAGACGGCACACAGGUCGCGGAGCUUGUAGCCAAGGCCGUGGCAGAGCUGCAGCAACGCUGA